GUCCGUCGUGGGUGGGAGAGAAGAUAUUGCACUUACGGUCGAAAGUCUUACUUCUGACGACGGCCACUUCAACUCAAUGAAUCUGACAGAUUUGUGGAACACAGCUGUCCGGCUUGACCGAGAGAACGUGGUGAGCGGUCAGGUCUAUUUCCAGGGCGGGGUGACCUUCCAGGACCUUAACCUUCACAGGACCCUCGAUGGCGUCUUGGCCCUGAUAGCUUCUCCUCCAGACGUGUCGGAACUCGCCCUGCCUUAUGAAUAUACUUAUAAUAUAUCUCGCAUCAACCACCAUGUUUUGGAAGGUCAAGCUAAUGAAUUCUGGGGCUGGCGGAGAGUGCAGGAGUUUCAGGAGCCCCUGGUGAGAAUGGUGCCCCUCAUCAUGGACCCCUUCCUGCAAGGGCGCCCCUCGAGCAACACCACAGAAUACCUCGCACUCAUAACGUCCUUGGGCAGCACCAAGAUCUUCAAGCUCCUCGAAGAUGGUCGUUAUGAGGAUACAAAUAUGAAUUUAGGUGGAGUCUGUACCAAAAAUGCGGUGGGUUACACAAGCCAUGGGAAGAAUUGUUGUGACAGGACAUGUCUGCUUGGAUGUUUCCUCAGAUGGUGGCACGAAAGUAACAAGUGACAAGGAGGUGCUAAUCUGGAACAUCACAGCUGGUGGGGCCCGUUGGACGUCUAGUGUGUCCACUCCUGGAGCAGCUGAUGUGCAGAUGGUGAUGCUGCGUGAGAAGCCCUGCUUAAUCAUUGUUCCUGCAAGGGGUAAUGAAGUCCUGGUAACCUGUGAACAUUCGCCAGGCCAUUUCCAGGAGCUACAACGGCUGACCACUAAAUUCAACCCAGUCAAG